UGAAAAUAUUCGAGAGCGACGUUAAAAUUCGAAAAUAAAUAGAUACUACUACCUCCAAAAAGAAAGACGCAAUAAUGUUCUUUAAAGAUCUAUGAAAGUAUUCUCAAUUCAGUUGCAGACGUGUCACGACGAUAUUUUAAAUCAGGUAGUCUAAAAUAAUAGACGUGUUAUACGGGAUUCUUCCAAUCAAAAUUGAAGGAUUUGCCAUAUCAAAAAUCUAAAAAAAAUCCGUCAGCGUACAAUUAUUUGGACUACAGAUCAGGAUGUUCAAAAACCUAGUGGACGGUAUCUACCAUGUGGGAAACAUGAUGACAGCCAACAUCAGCCCAUACAAGGUCCAACUCGUCAAACCAGACACAUAUGAUGGAAAAACAGUCGAAAAAAAGGGGAAAUAUUUCACUCUCUACAAGAUACCGGGAUGCUUCGAAUGCAUAUUUGCAAAUACAAAUGCUUCAACAAAGUGUUUCAGUGUUUUCCGCUUGUCGAAGGAUGUAGAGGCCUUUACACUGUUUCGGCAAUUGGACAAAACACUGACAGACCUUGUUGCUGGUACUAGCUCUGUAUAUGAGGAAGCGAAGGUUCAGCUAGCAUGUGACACGGUCCGCCAACACCCAACAUGGAACAGUGCUCAUGUUGCCGCAUACAUUGGCGUGUUCGAAACAUUUAAAGACCCUAAAGUGAAGAAGUUGAUCAAUGAUGUAGACAGUGUGUCUGGUAUUAGCCCACUUAUGGCAGGUAUCAUAGGACGUCAGAAACAUUGUAUGCACGAAAUGCUUGUAAAUGGGGCAGAGGUGGACAAGGCAGACUUUGUGGGCCACACAGCUUACCAUUAUGCUGUGAAAUACCUGCCAGAAGUCUUAGAUUUCCUGUUUGACCAUGACAAACACAAGACAUAUGACUGGACAAAUGAGAAGGGCCACACCGCAUUGUACAAGGCAUGCAUGGAGGCCCCUGAGCCCCGCCCCCAGGGGGAAGCAAUUGAGAAGAGUGUUGCCGUGGAGAUGUUACUUGAGGGUGGGGCUGAUCCUUACAUCACCAACAGUUACAAACGGCCCAUACAUGAAGCAGUCGAACUAGGGGAACUAAGCUGUAUCGAGCUGAUCCUAAAGAAACACCCAAGUCAGAGGAAUGCGAGGGACAAAAAGUUCCAGGGCUGUCCACUACACUGGUCCAAAACUAGAGAUGUGACGGAGUUGCUGUGUCGACUGGGAUGUGACGUGGACACUGUGAGUGGGACGAAUCACACACCUCUCCAGGUUAUGCUCAUGUUUGGGCGCAAGGAAAGUCUUAUGGAACUCCUGUGUUACGGGGCUAACGUCAACAUUGGGGACAGCAAUGGUGACACUCCAUUACACUUUGCUGUGAAGUGUGGAGGCGCUGCGCACAAGGGCAGCAAAAAUAAAUCAGAUGACAUAGAUUUGACACGGACAUUUGUGGUGUUUGGAGCAGAUGUGAACCAACCAAACAACAGCAACCACACCCCUAGACACAUGGCUGCUAUUUCCAAGAAGAGCAAAAACAAUGAGGUUAUCCUGCACAUGUUGCAUGUGUCUGGGGCCAAGCGUUGUUCUACGGACACCAAGGGAUGUGUUGCGGGCUGCUCCAUGGAGGGAACCAACAACGGCAAACCAGAGGAGAAGUCAAAAAAACUCUUCCAGCUGGACAAAAUGGCGUUGUUUGAUGACAUGCUGUGUACGGCAGUUAGCUGUUCAGCCAUGAUGGAGAGCGGGAAAGGGGAGGCCCUGCUGGACCUCACUGAUGGACCAAUCGAUGUCGGAGAUAGGGUGCUGUGCCUGGAUGGUGGUGGCAUACGCGGGCUGGUACUUAUACAACUGUUAGCGGCCAUAGAGGAGGCUGCAGAUACCCCUGUCCAUGAACUGUUUGACUGGGUAGGGGGGACCAGCACAGGGGGGCUACUGGCCCUUGCCAUGGGUAUAGGCAAGCCAUUGCCAUACAUCCGUGGAAUGUAUUUCCGCCUGAAGGACCAAGUGUUUAAUGGAUCCAGACCAUAUGACUCCAUUCCGUUUGAAAACCUGCUGAAGGUAGAGAUUGGGGAAACCAGAGUCAUGACCGACAUUAAACACCCCAAAGUGAUGGUGACGGGUGUGUUAGCAGACCGGUUCCCGGCAGAGCUGCACCUGUUCCGCUCCUACCAGCCCACCCUAGAUAAGCCCACUGAGCCCCACGGUCGCGGACAAACCUUCGAGCCAAUCAAAGCACCACAUGAGCAGCUCAUGUGGAAAUGUGCAAGGAGUACGGGAGCAGCCCCUACAUACUUUCGGGCGUUUGGUCAGUUUAUGGAUGGGGGCAUGAUUUCAAACAACCCAACCCUGGACGUCCUCACUGAGAUACACGAGUACAACACUGGUCUCAAAUUCAGGCAAUGGUGUGAAGAACAAAAAAAAGAACCUGGCUCAAAAAGAAAUGAGAAUGAGAGAGAGAAGGUGCGUCCCCUUGGUGUAGUAGUAUCGCUGGGUUGUGGGCGGCCCCCGAAGGUCCGACAUGACCACUUUGACGUGUACAAGCCCAGCAGCCCUCUAGAGAUUCACAAGGUCUACAAGGGAACAACGGCAUUACUUCAGCACCUCAUAGAAGGGGCGACGGUGGCGGAGGGUCGUCCAGUGGAUCGUGCACGAGCAUGGUGCAGCAUGAUCAACGUCCCGUUCUACCGCUUCUCUCCCCAGCUGUCUGAGGACAUAGCCCUGGAUUGUACAGAUAAUGAGUCGCUUAUCAACAUGCUGUGGGACACGCAGUGCUACAUUGUGGCCAACCAUCACCGCAUACAGCAGGUUGCGCAGCUGCUCAAGGCGGGGAAACAAGCCACCGGACACGUGGGCGGGGAUGCACAGCACCUCUCCAGUGUACAGGGUGUCUCCACAGACUUGAAGGACCUGAAGCUUCAUGCUGCGAGCUAAAGUGGAGAUAGUCAAUCAUAAAAAGCCAACAUUAAAAGUUGGCUUUGUUUUUCCAAGGUAACUGUGGUUGACUUUUAAGAACAAAGUGUACUGGGGAUGUAUCUUAUAAUUUUAACCCGAUUAUUGAACUGAAGUUAUAAAUGUUCUCUUGCGAUUGAACUAUAUGAUUAAUUGGCCGAUAAAAAUACUCAGAUUUUGCUCCUUAGAUUUUGAUCAAUCUAAGUUGUUAUGAAAAAUAACCCCUGGUCAUUUGAUCAUGCUAAUUAGUCAAAUAUUGUUAAAAAAUUAUGAUGAUUAUGAUACUAAUUUUCUGUAAUGUGCCAUUUUAUUUAACGCAUAAUUCCUUUAGUUCAUAUUUCUAUUUUUGUAGUCCUGUUUCAGACCAUUUUAUACAUGCCAUAUUUCUGAGAGGUUUCCCAGGGGAUUUUGGUCUGAAUUCCAGGGGAUUUUGGUCUGAAUUCCAGGGGAUUUUGGUCUGAAUUCCAGGGGAUUUUGGUCUGAAUUCCAGGGGACUUUGAUAUAAGACAAGGGGAAUUUUACACAGUGAAAAUUUAGUGCAAUUUCGACUUUCAUUAUAUAAGACUUAAGUACAGAAAUCUGAAUGAGUAUUUACUAACAUUUAUUUAUUGCUCUAAUAUACAUAACAAGGUAAGAAUAAAUAAUACAUUAUAAAUUCAUCAUGUCACUUCAUAGCAACAAUAUAUAAUACAUCAGCAUUAUAAAAAGAAAAACGAGAUGUUGUGAAUUUACACCACUAGUAUGUUUACUAUAAAUGUUGGUCUGGGACAAACAACAAAAUUAAUUUAUUGAAUUUUUAUUGCAUGUAGUUUCAACUUUAAAGAUUUUGUACAAAAGGUGAUUUUUUCAAGACAUUGUGUCUACAAAUGAAAUGCUCACAUUAACAGUUCCUCAAUGUGUGAUUUUUGCUGUAUUUGAAUGGUAAUGUAUUACUAUUAAACUGUGUGUUUCUCUUUUACUGCCAUAUAUAUCUUCAGUUUGCAUUUGUUGAUGAAAUUUUCUAAUCCAAUAAUUUGUAAUUGUUUGUAAUAGUUUGUAAUUGUUAUCUUCAGUUCAAGUCUGGAUUUAUACAUACAUGUAUAUGUAUAUUAAGUUACGGUAUAUUAAGUUAUUGAUGUUAAAUUAUCAAGUGUUAUUUUAUUGUUAUGUUUUUAAAGUGUGUAAAGUUUAAUUUAACCCACAACAUGGCAGAAAGACAUUACAAGUAUGACGGACCAACGUGCAAAGAACACUUCAUCUCCAUUUCGUUUUUGCUGUCUCUGUUUCAAGCACCAUUACACAUGUGCAUGUCUGAGGCCCUCUGUGGCAAUGAGGGUGAUACUUUACAUUUACAAUAUAAAGGUAACAUGAAUUGUCUUUCUUUUUAUGAUUAUAUCUAUUUAUUGAUAUAAAGUUUGAAUUGCUUAUCAAAUGUAUUUUUCAAUGAUUAUAGGGUAUAACAGCCUUUUUCAUAUAUGUAGAUUCAAUUUAAUGUGUUGAAAUAGAUUUGUGCUGUGUUCUGUUCUAUAAAAUCAUCAUAGUUAUUGAUUUUAAUUUAUUUACCUUCAUAUAUCCUUUAUUUGUUCUUUCAAUUUGUUUCUUAUCAUGUAUUGCCUUGUUAUAUCAUCGUCGGAUACCUCCAAUACACUUUUAUGCUAUGCUUUGUUGUGUACCAUGGGCAAUUUGACUAGGAAAAUCUCCUAAUUAUGAAUAAUGAGGCAAUUUCAUUGGUUCCAGAAGGUACCAGAUCCUUUCCCAUAAAUAAAAUAUUCUGACGAAAGCCAGAAUUGAACAAGAUCCACCUUUUCACUACAGUUUCACUGUUGACACUACAGGGUUAUUGAAGAUUAUGUAAUUAUAACAUGAGAAUUCAUUGGAAGAAGAAGUCCAUAUGCCCAUAAUUUUUGAACAGAAUUGUUUUCAGUAGGGUAUUGUAUCCUCCAGUUGUGUUGUCUGGUUUAAAGGUAUUCGUAUGAAAUGAAGUUUAAUGUUUUGUAUAGAAAUAAAUAAAUCAAGAUAAUUGUUAGCAGGCAUGUGUUGACUUUUGAUUGUAUAAUCAAAUUAUAAGUCCAAGAUGUGCUUAAACUAUUAAAGAAGGUCUUAUGUACAGGCCCUGGCAUCACACAUUUACUAUGAAGGGUAGUGGCUGCAAAAAUACACCAAAGUAAUACUAUGUAAAUCAUGUGGAAAGUGUUUAAUGACAAUAUAAAUGAGCCUGCACAUAUUAAAAUUCUAUUAAUAAUGGUUAUCUUUACAAGUUGUGGUGAAACAAAUAGUUAAGGCAUAUGUCUACAAAUCCAUGUAAGCAUUCUCAGUGUAUUUAAGCAUGAACAUUUACAUUGAUGAUAUGUUUAUCAUUUUUAUGUAUAUUUAUAAUUAUUUAUAUUUACAUCAUAAAUUGUUCUCUUAUUGUGCUGUGAUAGAAUUACCAUUUACAUGUAUAAUUUCUUUCUAAAUAAAUGAGCAAUGAUA